ACAGCCAAAUCUUGACUUAUGGCCACCCUUGGGGAAAUACUGCCAUCCUGAUUAACAUUUAAUGUCACAAUUGAUUGGAAUUGUCUAGCGCAGUCUUGAGGAAGGGGCAGGCGACUAUUCUGAACUAGGUCUAGAUUUAAUCUGCUUGACUGCUUAAAGCUCAGCCUUGUCUUCGCCCCCUUCGGCCCCCACCCCCAGGGAAUAUAACCCUUCUCGUCAAUCCCCCGGUGGGCAACUUUGUUUGACCAUCUCAAUAUGCAUGCUGCGGAAACUCCCCUUAUACAGCUCAAUGAACUCAAUGACAAUGGACGCGAAGGGCCCGAGAAACAGCAUUCACCCCCGCGAAUCCGCACUGAGCUUCGAGAGGCAUGGCGAUUUACAGUGACCAGUGGUGCUCUGGCAGCAUCCGUUAUAUUGCUGGUCAAUGUCAUUACAUUGAUCGUGAUGUACGCGAAAUUUGGCGCUGAAGACCUCACUGUCACCUUCUUUACGGGAAGUUGUCAAACGGCGAGCAGAGUAACAGUGGCCUCACAUCUUAUCAUCAACAUCUUGAGCACCCUCCUUCUGGCCGCCAGCAAUUUCAGCAUGCAGUGUCUGAGCUCGCCAACCCGAAAGGAAGUGGAUACCGCUCAUGCUCGUCAACAUUGGUUGAGUAUCGGUGUCCCCAACCUGCGAAACCUGGCUUUUGUGUCCCCGCCAAAAACAAUUCUAUGGGUAGUCUUGGCCAUUAGCUCAGUUCCGUUGCAUAUGCUUUGGAACUCAACUGUCUUCCAGACCCGCGCUACAAACAACUAUCUCGCUGUUGCAGUCACCAAAGACUUUCUCAACGGAGGGUCAUGGAAGAUCCCUGAUCUGAAUCGCACGUUGCGCGAAGGUGCCCAUCCGGGUGACUUUAUGCCCGAUAACCAAAAGGUUGCCCACUACAGCACUAUUGUCGAGGAGCUCCAGCAGAAAGUAAUAGGAAGCGGCUCGGGGAAGUCGUCGCCCGAACUUGAGUUCCUUCCAGUUGAGAAAUGCAUGACGUCCUAUUCAACUGAUAUGUUACCGGAACGAAGGCAUGUUCUUUUGGUCGUUGACGAGUCAAAUAGUGCGGAUGAGGGAUCUUCAGUUAUAACUAUUUGGUACAAUGUUUACUCGAUUUCCAAGGAUACGUAUCCACUGUUUCUCUGGAUGUGUCCUUGGUCGGACGCACUCUGGGAGAUAUGGAAUGGGGCCGCGUGGAACUGCCCGGCGUACUUGCUCCAACACAGUAUCAAUAAUUGGAUGCCAGGCGGUAUUGGUGUCAACGGCGAGAGAUUGGGGCCGUUACCCGAGUCGCCUGUUCGGCACUGUUAUUCUCAACUUGUGCCAGAGCAGUGCAAGGCGAGUAUAGUCCCUAUUUUUCUGAUUGUUGUCAUCGUUUGCAAUGUGGUAAAGCUGGUCUGUUUCAUAAUCUCUCUACGCAUUACGAGGAAAGACCAGCCUCUCUGCACCACCGGAGACGCCAUCCAAUCCUUUAUCAAGCAACCUGACCAAUACACCGAAGGUCGAUGCCUUGUCGCUAAACAGGACUACGAGACCUUCCUCUGGCGAUCUGAGGAAUGGAGGACAAGGCCAACACAUGUCGGUGAUAUCUGGACUGGCGGACGCUGGCGAUGGGGAAAAGCUGUCCGCUGGUGGGCAUGGUGCCCUUACAUCGUGAUUGUAUGCAUUGUGAUUCCCUAUGUGGGCAUAGGAUUCGACCCUCUGGGCCGUGGCACCGGCUCUAAGGCAAUCGGCUCGGCCGUAAUGAGUAUGGGAUUAGGGCAACCUCACCAAAGCUUCUCCCUUACAUCGGACGGUGUCCCAAAUAUCGCCGUAGGUUUCUUGGCUGCCAAUAUUCCCCAGAUCAUCGUAUCCUAUAUCUACCUAGCCCUCAAUAACAUCAUGACUACUAUGCUUGCGAUGGCCGAAUGGUGCAGCUAUGCGGUCGGAUCCAAGAACCGACCCAAGGGUCUCCGUGUGUCUUUACCGGCCCCCGAGACAGAGCAGAAGUCAACGUAUUUUCUCUCGAUCCCCUGGAAAUGGGGAAUCCCCAUCACCGCCUGCAUUGCAGUGCUCCACUGGGCCGUCUCUGAAACAGUCUUCUUCGCGCGUAUCGAAGUCCACGACGUCAAUAAUGGCCAAGUUGACCCGGAUAACUCCGUCAAUGAUGUGUUCUAUUCGCUUAUUGCGAAGUAUAUCACCAUCUCGAUGGGGCCAUUUAUCCUCUUCGCUCUUCUCCUCAUCAGCAUUGUUAAAAAGUAUCCGGAUACAAUGCCCUUGGCUGGGUGUUGUAGCGCCAGCAUUUCCGCGGCCUGUCAGCCUGCCAAGCCAGGCGACGACGCUGAGAAUCCGGAAGGAUUUCCAGAAGAUUUGGUGCAUAAGAAACUGCAAUGGGGCGUGAUUAAUGAUUCGGAACAUGGCCAACGAUCGGAGGUUGGGCAUGCGACAUUUGGAACCGAGGUGACACCGUUGAUCGAGGAGAAGUUAUAUGCUUAAUCUGUGGGAGACACAGAUAACUAGUGAGAUAACACUGGUAAUAGACGGAAGGCGUCAGGGUCAUGAAUGUUAUUGUAUCUAUUGAAACACAUACAUAGCUCGGUGUAUAUCCCCAACAUGUGUUCGGGACAGGACUCGCCUGUCCACCCAGGUGUACUUGUGCCACAUUUCGAAUGCGACCAAGUGGGAGCGU